CUAUGGGUUAUGGGGUACUGGGGACCUAUGGGUUAUGGGGUCGAAUUCCCCCUAUCCCGACUUGGGAAAGCCAAAAUCCUAUGGGUUUUUAGAGUUUAUGGGUUACCAGGGGUAUGGGUUAGGAGGGUGUCGACUGUACUUAUAUUCCUUAUC